CCUUAACAUUUUCAUUUGCCAAAAAAAUUAAGAUUUCAAAAAGUUUAGUAGGGUACAUGGUACAAUUUCAGAUUAUUUCAUAUUCCUAGCUGAUCCAGUGCUCCUUUAUUCAGAAAAUGGCAACAAUGAGAAGCACAACUGAACAUUGGGAAGAAUUUUAUGCUACCCAUUUACCUCCAAGUGAUUUUGAAGAUAACAGGACAUUGCUGAAGGAGUUUUGUAAAAGGCACAAUAAAGGAAAUACACGUAUAGUGUUGAUAACUUCUGGGGGCACGACCGUCCCGCUGGAACACAACACCGUGCGCUUCGUCGACAACUUCAGCGGCGGCACGCGGGGGGCGGCCUCGGCCGAGUACUUCCUCGAGCACAACUACGCCGUAAUUUACAUGCACCGGCUCAAGUCGAUGGAGCCGUUCACCAGGCACUUCAGCGGACAGACUUUCCUGGAUAUGCUCGAGUUGAACGAGAGGGGACCAAAUACGACCAUAACAGUGAAACCAGACAGCGUCGAUGUUUUGGCGCCAGUAUUAGCAAGUUAUAAAUCAGCCCAUGACUCUGGCAGCAUAUUAUAUGUGAAUUUCACCACCGUUUCUGAUUAUUUUUGGUUAUUGAGAGCUGCCUGCGAAUGUCUGACGGAUUGCGGCCCUAGGGCACUACUGUAUCUAGCGGCAGCAGUGUCAGACUUCUACAUACCUUCUAGUCAAAUACCAAUCCAUAAAAUUCAAUCGCACACUGGGGUUCCCAACAUUCAAUUGCAAUUAGCUCCGAAAAUGUUGGCCCCUCUAGUGAGCCUUUGGAUCCCCCAUGCAUUUGUGGUGUCAUUCAAAUUGGAGACUGAUGAAAACAUAUUGAUUUCUAAAGCCAGAGCUGCCUUGAGCAAAUACAAGCACACGCUGGUUAUCGGAAACCUGUUGCAAACAAGGAGGACCAGGGUGGUUUUCGUGACGCCCACCAGCAGUUCCGAGGUCACUCUGACUCGAGAGCAGAUCCUCAACGGCAUGGAGAUCGAAGACAACAUCGUCUCUAACGUCGUGUCCCACCACACUGACUUUAUAAAGAGUCAACACUACUAGGAAGCGAGGCACCUUCGGGGUUAGAAAAGCGUACUAGUUCAAAAUGGGGAACUCGUUAGCGGAGGUGGAUAGAAAAGUUAGAUAAUCACUAUCAGGAACGGGUAGGGAAAAACUGACCUUGUGGUUUGGAGCUUGAUUUUUGUGAAACAUCGAUUGGUGACAACCGCACUUUGAUACCUGUAACCGUUUCCGAGAUAUAAUCGAAAUUUGACCUUUCACCGAUUCCGAAAAAUGGUGACAAUGGCAGAUUUAACCAAGGGACCUUGACUUGGCGAAUAAAUCCUAUAUUCGUUUGCUGAAACAUGAGUUAUUGCAUUGAACUUAAAACUCUGUUUGUAUCUUCAUAUUUAAUGUGAUCGUAGGUGUUUUGCCUUGAAUGUUUAUACCUAUUCUUGUUACCUACCUAUCGUUAAGUAAGUACCAAAGUAUCUAUACCUAUUGUGAAACUGUGAAUACCUAGUUGAAUAUUUUUAUAGGUAUUUGUUUUAUUUUUAUACAAUGUCUUUUAUGAACUCCUAAAUCAGAUUUUACAUUUAUGUUUGCAAUUGUUAUAUAAAAGCACACUUUAUCAAUGGACAGUGUAUCUAUAUCUUGUUGUUGAAUGUCGAAGAAUUAGUUGUGAAUCAAUAAAUGUUUUUAUAUGAUAUUGUAUAUGAGUUUUUCCUAAUGAUCACAACAUCUAAAUAAUGUACACUAAUCUUAACUCAACACUAAGCACCUCUCUCUCUCUCUCAUGUCCUGAACGUAUGCCUCAGUUUGUUAACAACAUCUCGUUCGAGAUAUCGAUUCAGGUAUAACUCGAAUGUCCUGUCUUUAUUCAGCAUUUUGUAGAUCCGUUCACCAUACUUC